AGUUGUGUAUCCUGGACCGUGCUUAUAAGUGUGCAUAUUAAACACGAUAAGACCUCAAACCACGAUUUCAUAGAAGAAAAAGAAGAAAGAAAGAAAAAAGUGUGAGGAAGGAUGGAAAUACAGUUGCAUAAAACGGUUGAGUCUGCCCACGUUGAACGAGGCAUCAGAGAGUCAUCACCAGAAAAAGAGAAGGAAAAAUCUCAUAAGCAUAGAGGAAUAUUCCACCUCCAUCAUCACUCAAAAGAUAAGAAAGAGGAAGACAAGAACAAAGAUGGAUCAAAAAGAGAGAAGAUAGCUGCAGCGAUGGUUGGUCUUGGACUUGGAGCCAUCCUCGGGAAGAAGAAGAAGAAGAAGAAGAAGAAGAAGAAGAAUAAGAAGAAGGGACACCACGGAGGUGGUGGGAAAAAAGAAAAAGGAGGAGAAGAGGAAGAAGGAGAAGAAGAGGAGGAGGAGGAGGAAGAGGAAGAAGAGGAAGAAGAAGAAGAAGAAGAAGAAGAAGGAGGAGGAGGAGAUGAUGGUGGGGAUGAAGAAGGGGGAGGCAAGUUUAGUGCUUUCAUUUCCAUGGUCGCCGAAGUAUUUGAAGAAUAAUAUUUUAUCAUGUGAUCACUUUGUUGUAAAACUUGUACUUGCUUAUAUUUUUUCUGUAGUUUGAAACAUUUUUUUUUCUGUAACUGAUGUAGUUUGAAACAUGUUGUUCCACAAAAAUCUUUUUUAACACUUUGUUUUGUUUAAAUUGUC